AUUUACUUAUAUAAAAGAAAACCAAUUUAGCGCUUGAUCAGUUUUCACAAUGACUUCAGCAAGAAAUCUUUCGGUGAUAAUAAUAAUUUUUAAAACGGUUGUGCAUUUUGCGGACACAUCGACAAUAGUGCCGUUCUUCAAAAGUGAAAUAGGGUAUUUUAACGGUGAAAAUCCCGACGGGUUUAUAAGUUUUUUCGACAGAAAACCCUUGGCCUUAAAGUUGAGAAAGGAAGCGAAUAAAGCACAGGAAAUUAGACACCCCAAUCACAACUAUAAUGCCAAUUUGGACGUGGAUAAGGUUAAGAACUCCUUACUGAAAAAACACAUGGAAAAUUUGGGUCUGGUCGUAUCAGAAAGUCAGGUAUCAGAAAGCAAAAACCAUAAUCACAAAGAAGAAAACGGAUCCAAACACAAAGACGAUCACUACGAUAAACACGGUGAAAGAAGCGAUGAAGGCUACAAAAGUAGACACCACAAGGACAUAAAAGACAAAGGAAGUCAACAUAAACAUCACAAAACCCACCAUCACAAAGAAAAGGGGGGAAAACACAAUAAUAAACAUGAAGAAAGUGAUCACUACAAAAAAUAUCAGGAAGGAAAAGAGGCGGAGAAAUCAUCAAAGUUUGGCGAGAAAAAAGGCCACAAAAAAGGUCACAAAACGAAGGAAUAUCACAACACACUGCACCGAGAUGAGUAUCACAAGGAGCACCGUUUCUAUGACGACGAACACAAAAGUGGUUAUCACGAAAAAUACGGAGAUGAUCACAGUUAUUACGAGAAAAGUCAAGGAGGUAAAAAGAGAGGAAAAAAUCAUAAAUCCGGCAAUAAAAAUGAAGACUACGGUAAGGCAGGUGAAGAAGAUAAAGGGCACAAUGAUGAAGAACACAAGAAAUACUCCAAGGAAGAUGGUUAUGAAAAACAUCACAAAAAGCACAAAGAACACGAGAAAAAAAGUGCAAAAAAAGGGGGUAAACAUUACGGGUAUUCAACUUAA